CUCCCCCUCCAAAUCCUACGCUGGUUAUUGCGUAAAAUCCUUGCGACAAUUCAGCUGGUUCAAACAUGGCGGCGUCUAGGCUUGAAAUAAAUUUUAUUCGGUUAUUAUCGCGGUGCGAAGGUAUUGCCUCUGAAAAGCGAGGAGAAACGGAAUGGAGACUGGAGAAGUAUGUUGGCGCACUAGAAGAAAUGUUGGUGGCGCUAAGGAAAAGUCCAAGCAAACCAACGCCAGAGGUCUUGACAGAUUACACACGAAAGGUGGAUUUCCUCAAAGGGCUGCUGGAAGCUGAAAAACUGUCCUCCACAGCUGAAAAGGCUUUAGCCAACCAGUUCCUAGCACCAGGACGGACGCCUACCAUUUCUCACGAGAGAAUGGCCGCCAGCAAGACGGUUCACAUACAGGCCAAGGCCAGGUGCACUGGAGAGAUGCGCAAUGAACUCAUGGGCUUGGUGAAUUCUUCUGAAUCAGACCUGCGACAUAGAAGAGUGGUGCCUGUGGACGAGAGGCAGUCUGCAGCCGAGCUGGACGCCAUCUUGCAACACCACCACAACCUGCAGGAGAAACUAGCAGAGGAGAUGCUGAACCUGGCACGCAACCUCAAGAACAACACACUGGCACAGCAGAACAUCAUCAAACAGGACAAUCAGACGCUGAGCCAGUCCAUGCGGCAGGCGGACGUCAACUUCGAGAAGCUGAAGACGGAGUCGGAGCGGCUGGAGCAGCACGCCAAGAAGUCGGUCAACUGGUUCCUGUGGCUGAUGCUCAUCCUCGUCUCCUUCACCUUCAUCAGCAUGAUCCUCUUCAUCAGGAUUUUCCCCCGCCUCAGAUGAUGACGGCCAAUCACGUCGCUUAGUCUUAAAAAUGAUAUACUCUGGAGUUUUGCCGGCGUUUUUUCGUUUUGUUUUGUGCUCAUGAAAGAGCCUGCGUGAUACGCACACGUGCACAGCUAGAAACGAAAAGAGCAAAUCGUCCGUAUUUAUUUAAAACGUACAUAGGGGAGCGCGACUCUUGAGCUGAAGUUGCUGUCUUGAGCAGGAACAACAUGAACGUGUCCGGUAAGAGCCUUAAUCUCCACACGGGGCUGUCCAUGAGCAGUGUGUACCGGGGUGUCACUUCUCUGCUCAUCAUCUGGAUGGAACUGAAACGCCAUAACAAUAGUACAUAUUCUCCCUGAGUGUCCCCUCUGUAAAGUAAUGCUGCAAGAUCAUGGCACAUGACUACUCCAUCACCGGUCCUGCAUCUUCCUCUUCAUGGGGUGCAUUCCAAUAUGCAGAUUUGCGUCCUCCACUUGUGCUCGUGAAUGUGGCCUCGUACCAGGAAGUAAUACGUUGUGAUUGCAUCACUGAUAACAGCAUUGUAUUUCAAUAUCUCGCAAAAGCUCAAUUGUAAAGUAAUUGUCUCAUUUGCAAACUGGAUGGUGAAUGAAAAAUAGUCCCCCAAAAGUUGUUGUGGCUAGGCUGACAGCUGGGAAACUUUAUUGUUUUCUCCACGGAGGCGGGGCGAGGUCGCAAGCAUAAGUGGAGGACGGGAGUCUGCAUAUUGGAAUGCACCCAUGGUGUUAUUUUCUGGUAUGUUACGAGCAUUCACUCAUGUAACUUGCCCAGUCCACUAUUCCUGCAGUCAUUAGGGUGUGGUGUUGCAAUUGUCCUUUGUAUUCUAUUUUUCCCCUCUCCUCUCAGAGCCCUAUUUUGCGUGGAUGGUUAGUUGAAUUGGUCAGUGUGUUGUUGGAUUGCAUUUUUUUUUCCUGUUUAAUUUGUCCUGUCUUGGCAUCCAAGACUGCUGCAUUGAUGGCUUCUGUUGGUUGUGCAUUUGUGGCACCACAAUGACGUUUAUGUCCACAAAUGAACCAAAGUGCCCCCCUAUGGAUAACUAGCAUUCCUGCAUGUUCAUCAAAAAGCCUCUGUGUACAAGAAAUGGGAAAUGAAAAAGGAAUUUUGUAUUUUUGUGUGUGUAUUUACGUGAAUGAAUGCAGAUAUCACCUCUAAUUUUAAAAAAUAACCUACUGUAACAUUUGGACACAGAGCUGAGACUCUCCCUGGCCACUAUCCUUUAUCCUGUUAAAUACUUUGGAUGGAUACUUUGGCUAAAGCAGAUCCUCCACUUAUGGUAGCAGCCUGACCUGUCCAGGCCUGUUGUAAAUGAAGCGCAUGGAAAGUCACCAUGGUUUUGGAGAUCUAUAUUUCAUUGAGGUGAGGUGAAUGUAUGAACAAAAGGUGUGUGUGCGUGCGUGCGUGCGUGUUGGGGGUGGGGAGGAAUAUUAGUAAUGGAAUAAAAGAUUCAGACAGACAGGACUUGCCUGAAUUGGCCCUGCGUCUUUGACGUGUUAACAUUUAUUUUAAUUCCCUUCCUACCUAUGUGUCUGUUUGUUUCUUGAUUGCUUCUCUGCUGUCUGCAAUAUUUCUCAGUUUGAGUUAUAAUGGAGCUAUGCUGAUUGGUUCAUUGGGAGAACUCAUCAUGCGUUUAAUAAAAAAAGAAGAAAACAGUUUCUUGGAAGUGAAUAUAUCUUCCUCGCUUACAGACACUGUGAUUUCUUCUUGAUCACCACUCUGUAUCCCAAACCAUCACCUGGGGAAUGUUGUAGAAGAGAAGACCUUUGUCCUUGUAGAAAAAAAACUGUUUUAUUUUAAUAAAAUAAUUUCAAACCA